AACGUCGAUCUGAUGUAUGUAGCGAUGAAGAGCCUAAUAUUAUAUAUGUUAUCAGCACAGCUGGCUGUGCUGGCUGUUACAGCAUCUGUAACAAAUCAGCAAGCCGUAAAAACCGAUGAUGGAGCUAUGUCGCCUGACGUAAAAAACAACUCAAGAGCUAUCGUUUCUCCUCAAAUCGUUGGCGGCUCUUUGGCCACCCUUGGGCAGUUUCCAUGGUACGGCUUACUCCGCGUUUACGAUGGUGUAACUGGGGAUAGUGCGGGGAUGUGUGGAAGCUCACUGAUUUCAAGCACAUGGGCACUGACUGCUGGUCACUGCGUUCCUUGGGAAAUCGACACAAAGAAAUUUGAUCUCUUUGUUGAUUUUGGAACGAUAGUGCAUUAUCCAACAUCCCCUGGAUCAGUUACAAAGAAGGUCACUCCUUACCGGCACGAGGAAUUUGUAUCAUCGGCAGCUUAUAAUGACAUUGCACUAUUGAAAUUGGAAUCAGCUGUCACCUUUACCGCCAACAUCAAGGUGAUUGCACUUCCGUCAGCGUCGGUAUCGACUGCUCCUGGAACAACUGCCGUUGUCAGUGGCUUCGGUUGGGUAUCAGAUACUACUCAGGCAACCAGUAACGACAUGAAGUAUGCCACAGUUCUAAUUAUUCCUAACGAAAACUGCACCGCCGAGUACAAAAAUGCAGAUAAACCAUUUGAGCCUGCAAAUAUGAUUUGUGCCAGAGCACCUCUUAAUGAUCAAGCGCAUUGCAACGGAGACAGCGGUGGCCCAUUUGUUAUAAAUGCUGCAUCAAGUAGUCCAACCCAAGUUGGCAUUGUGUCCUAUGCAGGAGUUACUUGUAUUGGGACCUCAUCAGUCUAUACCAGAGUCAGUUCAUACACAUCUUGGAUUUCAAAGACAAUGGCGAAAGUCGAUGCUACCAAAACAACCACUACCAAAAAGACCACCACCAAAAAGACCACCACCAAAAAAACCACCACCAAAAAGACGACCACUAAAAAGACUACGACUACCAAAAAGCCAACCACCAAGCGAGCCUAAUUGUAGUGUCGAUUAAAUUGAAAAAAAUUUGCAAAGUAUGGAUAUUUUUGUUUGUCAAAUAAACUUUUUCGGUAUUAAAGGUUGGCGUAAACUGUUAUAUUUUUACUUCAAUUCCUUCUUGUAUAGCAAAUAUUGAAUACACAGGAGAAUU